UGGUCCACUUAUGUGCUAAGUCCAGGCAGCUUAUAGUAUUUGUAAAACGUGAGACACAAAGAACGCUUGUUCCUUUGCUGGAAGCCAUGUGCGUGUGUGUGUUUACUUGGAGGAUGUAAACCCAUACGGUACCUUUCAGAGCAGGUUCAUCAUCAUAGAGGGUCUCCAUCCUGUGGGCGGUUAAACACAAAGAGGGGCAGUCUGGCAUUUGAGAGGAAAGAAAAGAUCACAAGCAGGAGAUCUGAACUGGAUAGCAGGCACUACAGAAGAGGACCUGGAGUCUGGACUGAAACAAGAACUGACUGACAUACGUGUUUUGGAUAACAGCUGGGGAUGAUAUGAUCUGUCAUGUGGAGGACGCAGAGGCCGAUGAGUUUAUCAAUGAGCUUGUGCUUCUGUCUGUGAAAGAACCAAGACACACAUCCAACACCACUGCCAAGCGAAGCCAAAAUGCCUUCAUUUAAAGAAACCAGCUACAGUCUGGGACGUUAACCCUGAAACGCAGCGGAUCGUCUGGGCUAAAGUGAGAAGUGUGGACGUGGAGCCUGCUGCUUGUCAGUUCGGACCCGGCGCCUGCUUUCAGUCCUAAUGCCUGGACUGUGUGACAUCAAGACACCACAAGAAGGAGAGAUCUUCAACAUGAACACAGACAGUGGAGGACAUGUCCACAAAAGCGCCACAUUUUCACUCACUCUAACCCCCAUGAAGAGAAUCCAGAGCUCACCAAACCUAUACACGCUCACAGACUCUGAAUCACAAUCUAAAGAUUCAGAUUUGUGGAGGCCCGGCAGCAGCACCAGUGAUGGUCUGAGAAAUGGUGACGUGUGCUCUUCUUCUCUGGCAGCUAAAGGCUACAGAAGUGUCAGACCCACCUUUCAGGAUAAAAAGUCUCCCACACCAGCACAAGAGCAUAGUGUCCACUCCAACAGACUGCUGUCCACAGCGGACCAAACCUCAUGCUCUUUACAAGCAGAGCAGCCCUACUUACACCCUCCAUCUAGGGAGCUGGAGAGAGACGUAGCUUCCGUCUACAUCCGCAUUAACCCUAGGCCUCAGAUAUCGGGACGGCACACACAGGCACUGUCUUUGAGACCCCCUACCCCUCCUAAAAGGAUGGACCUCUUGGAUAGCAGCUCAUGCCCCUGCCCUCCACUGCCAUCCACAGCCCCUCCAGUGCCUGAGGUGCCAGCCCUCCUCAAACAAGCCUAUCCCGGAACAGCACUGACCUCCCAGUCACCACCUAACCGGCUCAGACUCUCCCUCGAUUUCAUCAGACCUGACCUUCACCCCGAGACCCCUUCUCCAGGCCCUCCCUCUCCCGGCUCGGAGCCUCCGCUGGGGCAGAGCCGCUGCUCUUCCCGCACUCAGAGCGAAGCGUCCACAGCAGUGCUGGAGGAGUUGAGGGCGUGUGGACUAGGCCCAGAGGGUGGCUCUCGUACCCCUUCUCCAACCCUCAGCCCGAUGAGUGCGGUCACAGUCAACAUGGUGUUACACUCCCCUCCAGCUAGCACCGCUCAUGGCCAGAUGACUGUGAACGGGGGUCUGAGUGUGCCAGCAAGCCCUCGUAGUCACUUCCAAAGACCCUUUUCUCCCUCAACAUACCCCCGUCCUCCUUCACUGAGCCAUAGUAUUACAGCCAUGCAGCAGGCUAGAAGCACUGCCUAUGAGUCUAGCACUCCGAUCUACGCCAGAGUGGAUCCUCCUGCACGAGCAACACAGACUGACAGGAAAGAAACUACAGGGAAAGCUCCGCUCUAUACUGGCAUCGGUCCUGUGGAUGAGUCCGGGAUUCCCGCUGCCAUACUGACGACUGUUGACCGGCCAAAAGAUUGGUACAAGACCAUGUUCAAACAGAUUCAUGUGGUGCCUAAACCAGAGAAGGAAUGGUCUGGGUCCCAUUCUGCCACAGAUCCUGUUACAAGUACUGCUACAACUAUUUCCAAACAAGAUAAGCAUGCUGCACCUAAUGCUGUUCAGGCCCAUCCUGCACCUAAAACCAGCACCUACCGGCCCAUCACCAAGAGUGUCUCUGAUAACGGCGUGCACGGUUUCAGGGCGCCUGCCUCCUCUUCUCUCCCUUCUCCUCUGCCCACAUCAGCAUCCACACAGCAGAGAUCCAAUGAAAGGGAGGCACCACAUAGAGGCAGGAGCACACCUGACACACAUUCCUCAUUUUACAUCUGUAUCUGUCACGUUCACAUGAUUACCUCAUUUCAUCCCUUCCUUUCAUCUUCUUCUCCCACUUGCUUUCAUUCUCAACACCAGACAAGUAACUUAAGACCAGAGGACAUAGAUUUAGAGAAUGAGCCGUGGUAUAAGUUCUUUGCUGAACUGGAGUUUGGUCGGCCGCCUCCAAAAAAGCGGCUCGAUUACAAUCCAGAGAGCUCUCCUCGAUUCCGAGCGGAGACCUCCCUUUAUCAGCCAUCCACAGACAGGAGCCUUGAAAGGCCAUCAUGCUCUGCCAGUGAUAACAAGAGAUGGAAAUCUGAACCUGCAGCCACUCAGCCCACGGCUCAGAGCAGUGUGGGCACAACACAAACGUCUGUCAGACCACUAGAGCUACCCAGGAGCAGCAGCACCCAGAGGAAUCCCCUCACCAGCCCCAGCUCCCCCGCCGCCACCAGGACUAAAGGUGGGGAUGUGAGCAAUAUGCACACAGCACAUUUAAAUGGUCAAAGUCCAAACCAUGCUACCUCAGAAUCCACAUAUCAAAAGAAAGGGCAAAAUGAGGACAGUUUCAUGGCUGUCCCAGCUGUCUCAGAAGGCUUCUCCAGCCUCCCUGAAGGCUGGAAAACAGCCCAAGAGCACCCAGAAGAUUGGAUGAUCUCAGAGGAGACCACGUCUAAGCUCAAAUCCUGGAGUUGUGAUGACCUUCUCUCUGAUGGGAGGGGAAGGGAAGUGCAGACCCGUUCGGAAAGCACCGGCUCCUUGUUGCACAAUGGCGAACUAGAGGCAUCACAGUGCAGUGACGCCCAAGAGUCUGAGGAUCAUAGGGAGAGGACAAGGCACCGCUCGGCCCACGAUGCACCAGGCUUCCUCAAACUCUACAAAAAGAUGCAUCACAUCAACCGGCAAGAGCUGAUAAACUCUACGGUGAUAUGCUCGGUCAAAGCCAGGAUCCAUAAGUAUGAGAGCGAACAGCGGAAGGACAGACGCACGGGCAACAAGGGCUGUAACGAAGAGGUGCCUAGGGACAUGGUGCACAACAGGAUUUUUGAAUUUGAGAGUCUGAUCCAGAAGUCCAAAUCCAUGCCAAAUCUUUGGGACGAGUGCCCGAUUAGGGGUUCUUGUAGGAGGGCCAGCGGUCCCAAGCGUAGCCUCUCUAUUGAGUCAUUACUGGAUGAAGAACCACCUGCCAGAAAUCCUCCUGAAGGACGGCCUCAAUACCCCAAGAUAAACACCCAUGUGCCAAUCCAUAUUCAAGUCACCAGUGACCAAUUACAAAACUCUUCCAUGCAACACGACUACUCAGACAUUGAGCAUGAUGCUGUAGUGUCCGACCUUAGCGACUUUAUCCAGAUUGAGGGCUCAUCCUUCUGUAGCGAGAAGGAGUUCGACGUGUGUUCAUUUGCCUCCUCCGAGAGCUUCUGCGGAUCCGGGCACCACCAUCAUUAUCACAGGCAGCUUGGGAGCUCCUGCAAGGGCCGCUGUCCAGCUUCCUAUACGCGCUUCACCACUAUGAUCAAGCACGAGAGGGCCAAGCAGGACCGGAGGCAACAUUUGCGGGUAGAAGAAUCUGAGUUCGGACUCCGCAAGCUCGCAUUCCUGGUCAGCCCAGUGCCUUUCCGCCGGAAGAACCUGUCACCUUUGAGUUGUUCCCGAGUGCCAAACUCCAAGAGCUGUAUGUAUGAGGCUCUAGAUUCGGCCCUGAAAGACAUCUACGACCACAUCCACACUGAGAAGCACGUGGGUAACCUGCCAGACAACAACAUCCUUCAUAGGUUGCUGGUGGAGUUGCUUCCCGACAUUCCUGAGAGGAAUUCAUCCCUGCACGUGCUGGGGAGAAGCAGCCCUACAGUUCAGCCUCGCUCUUACCACCCACAGCCUGACGGCAUGCCCAGCCAGGACACUCACCAAUCCGAGUACUCACGCCUGUCCCAUAGUGCCUCUCACAACCAUAUAGAGGGCAACAACAACCAGAGGAAACACAACUUUGAAUACUGCUAUCAAGAUCAGGACACAUCCAGAGAAUACUCAUACCCUGACGUGGACCACCGCACACCACAGAGCAGGAGACAAACCCCCGAUGUCAGAGAGAAACUGCCAGCCAGAGCAAUAUAUGACUUCAAAGCACAGACAGCAAAAGAGCUGACGUUUAAGAAAGGAGAGACGGUAUACAUCACUCGGCAGAUAGAUAAUAACUGGUAUGAAGGAGAACACCGUGGACACAUGGGCAUCUUCCCCAUCUCAUAUGUGGAGAAAAUCCCUCCUUCAGAGAGACAUCAGCCAGUGAGACCUCCACCACCAGCCCAAAGCAAAGAAAUUGGAGAAGCAAUUGCCCGCUACAGCUUUAAUGCUGAUACUAAUGUGGAACUUUCAUUAAGAAAAGGUGAGCGUGUUGUUCUGUUGCGGCAGGUGGAUAAGAACUGGUUUGAGGGCAAAAUCCCAGGUACAAACAAACAAGGGAUUUUUCCUGUGUCAUAUGUGGACAUCGUUAAGAAGACUUUAGUACAAAGUACCGGUCAACCUCCUGGGCCCAGUAUACCCUCCAGCUACUCCAGUGACAGACUGAACAGUAAGCCAUCAUCUGCACGUACCCUCUACAACUCUUCAUCCCCAUCUGUCCGUCCACUCUCCUCAUCCUCUCCCAGUCCACAAAGAGCCGCACACCUUCAGGCUAUCACCAGCAAGUGGUUGGCCCUCACUCUGGGUCUGUCUCCUUCAGGAACCCCUGCCCCCACACCUCCUCCCUUUCCUUCCAAUUUCCAGCCAUACUAUGAAGUAUUGGAUUUUGCCAUCUCCCCUUCUCCCGCCUCCUCCAUGCUGGGCCGCUCUCCAGCCCUCACUCCUGCGCUCAAAGAGGGUCACUUCAUUCCCAUCACCUCCCCAAAGUCCUACAUGUCCCCCGAUCCGAGCCCAUCACCUCAACCUUACCUCACCUCCGCCUCCUUCACUCCUUCGCCCACCUCACCCAUAUUUGACUCCAGCCCCAGGUCUAGCAGUGUCAUAGAGAUCCUCUCCAGCCAAAAAGCAGAUUUAGCCGAGAAAGAACUGCAGUUGUUCUCAGAUCGCAAAGACCUCCACAAACCAGGCGAGACAGGCCCCGCUAAACUGCCCAGCCCUAUUGACUUGGCUGUUUUUGAGGCACACGAAUCCCCAUUGGACAUCCUUCCACCUAAAGACAACGAGGAUGAUCUGUGUGAGGAGUUAGUGUCAAUUAUUAAGGCCAGCCAAUCAAAGGGCACGUUCAAAGAAGAGGAGGGAUUUUAUCGCCAGGAACCAGAUAUAACAGAAAAGCUUCCCAGUCUGUUUAUAGAGGAGGAGCCGAAUGAAGACAGCAGCUUCUUAAAUGAACCAUUGACAUCAAAUACAUUUACUCCAGUCCAACCUGCCCAUAGUGAGGGGUCAGAUAUUGAGCAGGGUGAAGUUUCCCAGAAUGCCUCUCCACGUCUCUCUCCCCUGUCCUCACAGAUGUCAUUGCUGUUCACACUGCCCUCAUCGGCUAAAUACUCUCCCCCUUCCCCGCGCUCCACCCCUCCACUGCCCGGGGUUUCACAGUCGCCCCCUCCCUCUGCAAAACUGUUCUCUCGACAGGACCUCCGCUCCCCAAAGGUCAAGUCUGUGUUAAGGCGUGAUGUUGGGGUUGUUGGUAAGCCCCCUCGUAGCCCUGUGAUGUCUAGGAGGUCCUGCGGAUCGCCUGUUAGAGGUCAAAACUUUUCGCCAUCUCAUAGGUCCCAAAGACAAGCAUAUGGUCAUGAUCCGCUUCAAGGUGCAGGGGAACCAUUCCAAGCCCUGUAUAACUACAUGCCACGAAAUGAAGAUGAGCUGGAACUGAAGGAGGGUGAUGUUGUUGACGUCAUGGAGAAGUGUGAUGAUGGAUGGUUUGUGGGAACGUCCAGGAGAACAACGUUUUUUGGAACCUUUCCUGGGAACUAUGCGAAUCGGCUAUAAGUGGACUUUUUCAGUACACAUCUCUGAUGGUCCUAUACAUCUACUGAGGAGAGCUGAACAAUGUCACCUACAGCUACCUGCUGGAAUUAGCAUGACAUGUUCCAGUCAUCAACACUGUGGAAAGUGAUGAAACUGAUGAAAAGCCAAUGGCCUUCGAGGGGUUAUUGCACCGUUUAUGUCAUUUGGUUCAAAUAUGCUGAUAAUUCAAUUCUGAAAGCAUUACAUUAAUUAGGAAUUUCAGUAAAUGCUUUAAAACAUUUGGUUGCCUACAUUUUCCCUCAUAGUUGACAGAAAUCAGUUUGCUUGCCUUCUCGUUAAGCUGAUGAAUUUCAACAUAACGAGUAAUCAAGUGCCCUAUUUAUUUGUACUUUAUUAAGAGGCACAUUUUCUUUCAUUGGAAGGAUGAAAUACAGUAGGUGAGAAAUUAUCUACUGGUGCCUCUUGUACACUGAGUCUGAUCUGAUCUAGAUUGUAUAGACUAAACAGUAUUGCAGUGUCAUGUUUGUGUCAGGCAGUGGAUAUUACAGAUGACCAUUCCUGCCAACAUGUAUCUUUUCAGUAUGUUAUUAACUUUUUGGUUCAGAAGAAUGACCUCCGGUUUUCUAAGGCACUAUGUUUUUCCUCCAGACAUUCCUUUGAGCAAUUGAAGGAUUUUACAGAUAAGAGAAAAAUAUUUUUGAUAUUUUUCAAUCUAAAGAGAUAACGUUUUUGAGAUUGCAAUAUCCCUAACAAAAAGCAUGUUGCAAAAUGGCCAUGUUACCUGUAGUAAACGGACUCAUAUUAAUGUCUCAACUGCCUAUAAUAAAUAUUUAUGGUUCCUUGCACAUCACUUUUGGUUUACACACUGUAAUCUAUUUAUGGCCAAAAAUGAGGAGCACAUGAUGUCAUAAUUACUAAUCUGCGAUUGGCAGCCAUGUAUUUUGUAUAUGUCGCCUUCCGAUUGGUUCAAUUUGAGUGAGGAAAUGUACGUAAAAAUCUAUUUUUGUUUAUUUGAUCAUUCAUCAAACGUUUUUCAUUAUGAUAUACUUAAUAUAUUGUUAAUUGCUCACUUUCUAUGUCUUUGAUCUGUUCGGCACAGUGAUUACACUCAUAUUCAAAUGUUCAAUUUAAAAUAUGCAGCGUUUCAAUUUUCCUGUGAGACUAUGACUAACAGUUUUAUUCCAGUCAGUAAAGCAAGAAAUGUAAAUGUGUCAGUCAGUAGAAACAUGAACCAAUAAUAUAUGUAAUUUAGGCAAUAUUAUACCUAAUGGAAUUAUGCAGUCUCUGUGUCUGUCAAUGUGCUUAAUGUACCAGUAACAUCCUGCGCAUGCUGUUUCAUAAAGAACUGCUCAUCAGUGCAAAUGUAAUAUUGUACCAGUAUGAGAAUGUAUUAACAACAUGCUGCUCUGGUUUAAGAGAUGCAUAUGGUGGUACUGGACUUAAUCUGGAUCUGCGAACCAUCAAGACUACCAGAGACCUUCAUUGUGGUUUAGUUAAGUGUUGGCAGACAGUCUUCCGUUCUUAAGCACUAGCUGAUCAGAAGUGAAUCUGAACUGUGCUGUUCCUGGUGCAUAACUUUACCACAUGUAAUUUAUGUAAUGACAUGGAUAUUUGUUAUAUUUAAUAAUGCACGAUUCAGGAACAAAUGUUUAUAAAGUACAGAACACUGUGAUAUGUUCAGCAAAUUAAAGGCAGAGUAAGUGAUUUUUCAAAAA